AUGUGCUCCUUCCAGGCGGACGCUCUAAGGAUUAUGUUGCUGGGCAAGACUGGAGCAGGGAAGAGUGCAACUGGAAACACCAUCCUGGGGAGAGGGGUGUUUAAAGUGGAAGUUUCCCCUGUGGCUGUUACCUUAAGGUGUGAGACACAUAGUGCAGGGGUGGCAGGGUGGAGUGUUACUGUGAUCGACACACCUGGGAUCUUUGACAUAUCUAUUUCUCAUGAUGAAAUCAAGUGUGAAAUGGACGAAAAUGUCAACCAAUUUUUCCUGCUACUGGUCAGGCUGGGGAGAUUCACAUUGGAAGACAGGAACACUGUAAAAUGGAUCCAGGAGAAUUUUGGAGAAGGCGCUUUGAAAUACUCAUCGGUCCUUUUCACUGGAGGAGAUGAGCUGAAAACACCAGUGGAGGAGUUUCUGAGAAAAAAGGAUCUCCAGGAAUUCAUCAACAGCUGUGGUGGCAGAUAUCAUGUCAUCAACAACAAAGAUAAGGACAACCGCACUCAGGUUAUAGACCUGCUGGAGACGAUUGAGACAGUGCUGUUUAACACAAGAGGAUACCAUCACACCAAUAUGAUGCAGCUGGAUCCAGGAAAGAUACAAGCAGAGGAGGAGAGAAAGAGAGAGGAGGCUGAGAGAGAGCUCAGUGCACAGAUAAAGAGUUUGAAUGAGUACUUGAAUAAGGGAGCAAUUGUGAUGGCAAAUAACGGAAAGCUGAAUUUUGAGACCAUGAGAGAGAGGCAGGAGGCCCUGAGAAAGCUUGAGGUGACUGAGAGAGAGAAGCUGGAGGCCCUGAGAAAGGAUGAGGUGACUGAGAGAGAGAUUGUGGAGGCCCUGGGAAAGCAUGCAGUGACUACGAGAGAGAUUGUGGAGGCCCAGAGAAAGUUUGAGGCGACUAAGAGAAAGGUGCUGGAGGUCCACAGAAAGUCUGCGGCGACUGAGAGAAAGCUGGAGCUCGAGAGAAUGCCCUGGGGCCACCGGUGCUCCUUCAGAACGUAUCCGGAGGCCAUGCAAUGGAGAAAGGAUGAGGUGACUGGAGGCCCUGGGAAAGGAUGA